AUGACUACAGUGAGACUGGUCAACUCUAACAGCAGCUGCUCUGGCAGAGUGGAGAUCUUCCAGAACGGCAGUUGGGGGACGGUGUGUGACGACGUUUGGGAUGUGAAUGACGCUCAGGUGGUGUGUCAACAGCUGGGCUGUGGCAGGGCACUGUCAGCACCAGGAAUUGCACGUUUUGGACAAGGAAGUGGACCAAUCUGGCUGGAUGACCUUCAGUGUUCAGGAACUGAGUCAUCACUAAAAGACUGUACACACAGAGGAUUAGGAACCCACAACUGUGGUCAUUCUAAGGAUGCUGGUGUCAUCUGUGGAGAUAUGACCACAGUGAGACUGGUCAACUCUGACAGCAGCUGCUCUGGCAGAGUGGAGAUCUUCCACAACGACAAUUGGGGGACGGUAUGUGAUGACAUUUGGGAUGUGAAUGCCGCUCAGGUGGUGUGUCAACAGCUGGGCUGUGGCAGGGCUCUGUCGGCACCAAAAAGGGCACAUUUUGGACAAGGAAGUGGACCAAUCUGGCUGGAUGACCUUCAGUGUUUGGGAACUGAGUCAUCACUAAAAGACUGUACACACAGAGGAUUAGGAACCCACAACUGUGGUCAUUCUGAGGAUGCUGGUGCCAUCUGUGAAGAUAUGAGUACAGUGAGACUGGUCAACUCUAACAGCAGCUGCUCUGGCAGAGUGGAGAUCUUCCACAACGGCAACUGGGGGACGGUGUGUGAUGACGUUUGGGAUGUGAAUGACGCUCAGGUGGUGUGUCAACAGCUGGGCUGUGGCAGGGCUCUGUCAGCACCAAGAAGGGCACAUUUUGGACAAGGAAGUGGACCAAUCUGGCUGGAUGACCUUCAGUGUUCAGGAACUGAGUCAGCACUAACAGACUGUACACACAGAGGAUUAGGAACCCACAACUGUGGUCAUUCUAAGGAUGCUGGUGUCAUCUGUGAAG